AUGGGCGACGACGACGAAGCUCGACCGCGCGGAAAUGGCUCCGAACCUAUCACGGAGCGAACAGCUCUUUUGGGGGAUAGACAUUCCCAAGAACCAAGACCCAUCGCGAUUCCUCGCGGGGGCAAUGACAAAAGCAUCAUGGCCGACGACGGCAGCGGGAGCGAAAAUGACCUAGACCCCAAUGAGUCGGACUUGCUGGUGGCGCGCAGCUUUACGUCGGGGGCGUCGGGUCUGGCGCCCGAAUCCUUCGAGUCAGCCAUGCUUCGGGGGCGUCGCCGAUCUAGGAGCACCGUGCGCCGCCGCGCUUCCAUCGCCCGCAGCUAUACGUCGCUGUCGCCGCGGCCUACGCUAGAUGGGCGACAGCAGCCUGACGAUUUGCUGUCGAAUGUUGUUAGCGACGACGAGGCCGACCUCGAGGCUGCUGAUGUCCAGCGCUCUAAGUCGAGGCCGGCGUACUUGAUUGACACGGAUAAGAAGCGGUUCGGGAUCGUGUUCUUGAGUAUUAUGCUGACGCAUUUCAUCGCGUGUUUUGAUGGGACUAUUGCCGCUGUGGUCAUCUUCGCACUCUCGACGCUGUGGUGUGCUCUUGCACAGAGCAUGACUAGCUUUAUCCUUGCGCGGGCUGCUUGCGGGCUCGGCGCUGGAGGUGUACUGGGGAUGGGAAGUAUUAUUAUAAGUGAUCUGGUGCCUAUCGAACGUCGAGGUUCAUAUCAGAGCUACAUCAACGUUGUUUAUGGGUUAGCUUCAGCAUUGGGGGCAGCCUUGGGCGGACUCAUGGCAGACAGCCUCGGCUGGCGCUGGGAGUUCGGUAUCCAGGUCUUGCCCAUCAUUCUCUGCUUCGUGGUGGCUUAUUACGGCAUUCCCGGCGAUCUUGGCUUACAGGAUAAACAUCAGAGUUUUAAAGAGGGCAUGAAGACGUUUGAUUUUAAAGGAUCUAUCCUGCUAACUAUCUCUACUACAUUUUUGAUCUUGGGAAUAAACCUCGGAGGCAAUGUACUGCCAUGGUCGCAUCCAUUCAUAAUCGCUUCGCUCGUGGUCUUCAUCGUCUGCUUUCCAGCAUGCCUAUACGUCGAGUCAAAGCAUGAAAGGCCUAUUAUGCCUUUAAUCCUCUUGCACCAAUCCCCAAGAGCUAACAUCAUCUUCUCGAACUUCAUCGCUUCUUUCCUACUAAACGCCAUCUUAUUUAACACCCCCCUCUUCUUCCAAGCCGUCCUCCUCACCAGCGCCACCACAUCCGGGCUCUACCUCGUCGUCCCCGUCGCCACGGCCAGCACCACCGGUACGAUCACCGGCUUCCUAAUCUCGUAUACCCGACGCCUCAAGUGGCCCCUAACGAUCGGCACGUCUCUUUACCUAGUCGGCACUGCGCUCCUAGCCUCCAUGCACCGCGGUUGGCCCAACUACGCAUACCUCCUAUGCUUAGUGCCCUCGUCCGCCGCCCAAGGGUUCCAGUUCCCAGGCACAUUUCUCGCCGUGCUAGCCGCCUCCGAGCACCGCGAGCAAGCAGUGGUAACGUCCACGCUUGUUCUCUGGCGCGCCCUCGGCAGCGUCCUCGGCGUCGCCUUUUCGUCCCUCGUGCUCCAGAACGCGCUGGUACGGUACUUGGGGGCGUUUGUGGUGCCGCCUGAGGGCUUGGGUCAGGAUUGGAAGGACGCGUUGAUAGAGAAAGUCCGCGAGAGCGUCGAGGCUGUUGCCGCGCUGCCGCCGGGCCCGGUACGAGACCAGGUCGUUGCUAGUUAUGAGGCGUCGAUCCGACUUACCUUCCUGUUCCUCGUGGGGUUCGCUGCUAUCAGUGUUUUGUUGGUUCUGCCCGUAAAGCUGCCGAGGCUUGCGGCAAGGAAGUAG